GGCCUCACUCCCAGGCUCGGCGGGACCUUGCUGGAGCUGUCAUUCAUGCGCCGGGAGAGUCGAAGGGCGUCCGGGCACCCGGCAGACAGGCGAGCCGCUCCUCAGCGUUUCUGGAGGCGGGAUUCCAACACGACCACCAAUCAGGAAUGGAGAGAUUGCCGGUGGGCGGGCCCAGAUAGGGCACGGAGGAGGCGAGAGAGCGAACAAGGAUCUGAUUGGAGGAAGGCACCUGUGGAAAUUGCUGUCCAACCGGUACUGCCGUGACAUUGAGGACGCCUUGAUUUUGUAAAAAGAAAAUUUCCUUUGGAUUAAGCGGCAUCUUUAUCAUACUCAGCGUUGCUUCGCUUGCGGCCACGUGCGCGUGAGCUUAAGGAGGACUACACCACGAAUGCAUCGCUUAAGGACUUGUGCGGCGCGUUUGCGUCCGCUCACCGCCUCGCAGGCGGCUCAGACUGUAGGCCCGCAGCGGCCAGUCACAGGCCCGGUCCCCUCGGGCGCAAGGACGUUGGGGCAAUUCAGGUGCUACACGGCGCCCGUGGCCUCUGAGCCCUUUCUGAACGGGACUAGUUCCAACUACGUGGAGGAGAUGUACUUCGCCUGGCUAGAGAACCCCAAGAGCGUUCACAAGUCGUGGGAUGUGUUUUUCCGCAACGCCAAUGCUGGUGCCCCGCCCGGUGCCGCCUAUCAGUCCCCUCUGGGCUUGUCCGCCAGCCCUCAACUCUCCUCUUUGGUGGGAGCCCAGCCCAACGUGGAGAAACUGGUGGAGGACCACCUGGCUGUGCAGUCCCUCAUCCGUGCCUACCAGAUUCGCGGUCACCAGGUGGCCCAAUUGGACCCGCUUGGCAUCAUGGACGCCGAUCUGGACGCGUGCGUGCCCACUGACAUUAUCACGUCCUCGGACAAGCUGGACGCGGUCAAGGAUCGUCUGAAACUGCUCACGGUCGGAGGCUUCUACGGCCUGGACGAGUCGGACCUGGAGAAGGUCUUCAGGCUUCCCACCACCACCUUCAUCGGAGGUUCCGAGAGCGCUCUGCCCUUGAAGGAGAUCAUACAACGACUGGAGAUGGCGUACUGUCAGCACAUCGGCGUCGAGUUCAUGUUCAUCAAUGACCUGGAGCAGUGCCAGUGGAUCCGGCAAAAGUUUGAGACACCGGGCGUCAUGCAGUUCAACCUGGAAGAGAAGAGGACACUUUUGGCCCGCAUGGUCCGCUCGACCAGGUUCGAGGAGUUCCUGCAAAAGAAGUGGUCGGCCGAGAAGCGCUUCGGCCUGGAGGGAUGCGAGUCCCUCAUCCCGGCUCUCAAGACCAUCAUCGACAUAUCGUCCGGAAGCGGGGUGGAGUACGUCAUCAUGGGCAUGCCUCACAGGGGGCGUCUUAACGUUUUGGCCAACGUGAUCCGUAAAGAACUGGAGCAGAUCUUCUGUCAGUUUGACUCUAAGCUGGAGGCGGCAGACGAGGGUUCCGGCGACGUCAAGUACCACCUGGGCAUGUACCACCGCAGGAUCAACCGCGUGACCGACCGCAACAUCACCUUGUCCCUGGUGGCCAACCCGUCGCACCUGGAGGCGGCCGACCCGGUGGUGCAGGGGAAGACCAAGGCCGAGCAGUUUUACUGCGGGGACAACGACGGAAACCGGGUGAUGUCGAUCCUCAUCCACGGAGACGCCGCGUUCGCCGGUCAGGGAAUCGUGUAUGAGACCUUCCAUCUUUCCGACCUGCCGUCUUACACCACGCACGGCACCGUGCACGUGGUGGUCAACAACCAGAUUGGCUUCACCACGGACCCGCGUAUGGCUCGCUCGUCGCCCUACCCGACGGACGUGGCGCGCGUGGUCAACGCUCCCAUCUUCCACGUCAACGCCGACGACCCGGAGGCGGUCAUCUACGUGUGCAAAGUGGCGGCCGAGUGGCGGGCCACCUUCCACAAAGACGUGGUGGUGGACCUGGUGUGCUACCGGCGCAUGGGCCACAACGAGAUGGACGAGCCCAUGUUCACGCAGCCGCUCAUGUACAAGCAGAUUAAAAAGCAGAAGCCCGUCUUGCUCAAGUACGCCGAGAAGCUCAUCGCCGACGGAAGCGUCACCCGACAAGAGUACGAGGAGGAGAUUGCCAAGUACGACAAGAUUUGCGAGGAGGCCCAUGCCCGCUCCAAGGAUGAGAAGAUCCUCCACAUCAAGCACUGGCUGGACUCGCCGUGGCCCGGUUUCUUCACGCUGGACGGGCAGCCCAAGUCCAUGAGCUGUCCCUCCACCGGACUGACGGAGGAGAACCUCAACCACAUUGGACAAGUGGCCUCCUCCGUCCCCGUGGAGGACUUCACCAUCCAUGGAGGUUUGAGUCGCGUCCUGAAGGGGCGCGCCGAGAUGGUUCGUCAGCGAACGGUGGACUGGGCCCUGGGGGAGUACAUGGCCUUCGGCUCUCUGCUGAAGGAAGGCAUCCACGUGCGCCUGUCGGGCCAGGACGUGGAGCGAGGGACCUUCAGCCACCGUCAUCACGUCCUUCACGAUCAGAACGUGGACAAGAGGACCUGCAUCCCCAUGAAUCACCUGGCCCCAGACCAGGCACCUUACACCGUCUGCAACAGCUCCCUGUCGGAGUACGGCGUCCUCGGCUUCGAGCUGGGUUUCGCCAUGGCCAGUCCCAACGCGCUGAUCCUGUGGGAGGCGCAGUUUGGCGACUUCCACAACACGGCGCAGUGCAUCAUCGACCAGUUCAUUUGCCCCGGCCAGGCCAAGUGGGUCCGGCAGAACGGCAUCGUGCUGCUGCUGCCGCACGGCAUGGAGGGCAUGGGUCCGGAACAUUCUUCCGCUCGCCCGGAGAGGUUCCUUCAGAUGUGCAACGACGACCCUGACGUCAUGCCCAUGCUGACCGACGACUUUGCGGUGCGUCAGUUGUACGACUGCAACUGGAUUGUCGUCAACUGCUCCACUCCUGGCAAUUAUUUCCACGUGAUACGCCGGCAGAUCCUGCUGCCCUUCAGGAAGCCGCUGAUUGUGUUCACCCCCAAGUCGCUUCUGCGCCACCCAGAGGCCAGGUCCAGUUUUGAUGAGAUGCUGCCAGGAAGCGAGUUCCAGAGGCUCAUCCCCGAGGACGGCGUGGCGGCCGAGCGUCCCGAUGAGGUCAAGAGGCUCAUCUUUUGCACGGGCAAAGUUUACUACGAGCUUACCAAGGAGAGGAAGAACCGCGAGAUGGACGCGACGGUUGCCAUUGCACGCAUUGAGCAGUUGUCUCCGUUCCCGUUCGACCAAGUCAAGGCGGAGUCGGAGCGUUUUGCCAACGCCGACCUGGUUUGGUGUCAGGAGGAGCACAAGAACCAAGGCUACUACGACUACGUCAAACCUCGCAUCAGGACCACCAUCCAGAGGGCCAAACCCGUCUGGUAUGCGGGUCGUGACCCCGCCGCAGCACCCGCGACGGGGAACAAGAACACUCACCUUAUGGAGCUUCAGCGUUUCCUGGACAAUGCCUUCGGUCUGGAUGCCUUCCAGGAUCAGCAGUAGACCUCCUGAUGACCUCUGACGCUGCAGUAGAUGGAGUGAACCCUAACCUUUGACCCCUGUAUCCCUCUCACACAUACACACACGCACAUCUAAAACUCCAAACAGGUUCAUUUUCUUUUUAUUUUGUCCUUUCUCUGACUUUGCUAAUUAGAUGUCACUUUCACUCUAAGACAGGAUUUUUCCCAGCAGCACCUUCUACAGGCCGCCAGUGAGAACAAUGAUUUCUGUGCGGCUUUUGCUGAUUUUAACACCCCAGUCAUCUUUUUCAUAGACGUGCAGGAAACAUCUUCUGCAUCGCACACUUUUUUUUUUCUCCACGCUUUUAUGAACGAGUGUCAGGCUUUUUUUUGUGGUCGCCCAAAAACAAAAAAAGAAACCAAAUAAGUUUGGUUUGAUCAAAGAUGGCGAAGAACCCAGCCGGGGACUUUUCCUUUGUAUUCCACUUUGUUAACAGCACCGCUGUUUGGCCUUCAGCGUGUCGCCGUGGCAACGCUGGAGAUUAUUUUUGUGGCGAGUGUCGGUGCCAAAGGAGAGUUGAGCUUUGACGUGAACGACAAGAAAAGAUCAUGUAUUUAUUUUCCUAGAGGGGAGCCGCCACGUUCUCUUCAUUGUUUUGCUUCAUUCAAUAAAGAUUUGUUUACUCCAUA